GUUAAGAUAAGUAAGCUGACAUAAUGCCCACAGCACUAUAGCAGGACAUCUUUUGAUAUUUUUUCAUGGACAUUAUGCCCCAUCGUGAUCUAAUUAUAUUCUAGAUCCAUCCUACAUUCAACUUGUAAGAAUAUGGCCAUAUCGGAGGAAGAAUUUAAAAAGCGACUGACUCCUGAGGAAUAUGAAAUAUUGAGAAAAAAGGGGACAGAAAAGCCCUUUUCGGGAGAUUUUUGGAAUUUUUCGGCUAAUGGAACUUAUUCCUGUAAAGCUUGUGGAGCUAAAUUAUUCAACUCGGAAAGCAAAUUUGCUUCUCAGUGUGGUUGGCCCUCUUUUGACCAGGCCAUCGGAGCCAUAAAAGAUUCCAACAAUCCCGAAUCGGCCGUGAUAUUCCAAGACGACUCGACUCUCGGAAUGAAACGCACUGAAGUUAUGUGCAAAAAGUGUGGGUCUCAUUUAGGCCAUAUUUUUGACGAUGGCCCUACGGAAACGGGUGCUCGUUACUGCAUAAAUAGCAAAUGUCUAAAUUUCCAUAAAAAAUAAGCAAGAUCGGCAUCUUGUAUCUUGUCAAUUCAAAAUAAAUAAAAUUAAAUCUUCGUAUUCGGCUACCGGUUAAAUUGGCUACUUUAUUUCAAACCUUUUAUAUUGUAAAUAUUUUAUUCAGAUAUAUUAUUUUUUUGUAAAUCAUCGCAACAAUAUACUAUUUAUUUAUAAUUUACUGUCUUUUCAAUUAAACAGAAUAAUAUACUAUUUAUUUAUAAUUUACUGUCUUUUCAAUUAAACAGAAUAAUAGACUUUAUAGUUACACACAAUACUAUUUAUAUUUUUAUAAUUAUUAGUAAAAUGAUUAAGUAUUUGAUGGUUUUGUGUGAUUUUCGAUAUCUUUCACUAGAGGAAUUUCGUGUAUAGUUAUUAUUGAUGCCUGGUUCCCCUUUUCUUCCUUUAGUUUCAUCUCUUUUUUCCUUUGCUGUAAUUUUUCGAAUUGUACUUUAUAUUCUCUUAUUGUAAAAUAUAAAUUGUAAAAAAAUAUUAGAUUAUAUAAAAACAUUCUUAUUAGUUAAUAAAAACAUUUUAAAUUAUAUUCAUUAGUGGGAGAAAAGUAUGAUUUCGAUAAAAUUGAUAUUAAAAUGACAUCUGACAGGGAUAAUAAAUUAUGGUAGGUAUCAGAUUUGGCAGAAAUAUUUUUAUAAAAUAAUGUUCCGAUUUUACGAA